AUGAAUCUGUUGGGUCAAUUGCAGAAAUCUCUAGUGCUCUUUAGUGAUCUAGGCCUUACAACUGGCUUGCCUGUUUGGGUGCCAUUGGCACCUGUUGUUGCUUCUAAUUUUUCUUCGGAGCCUCAGAUGCCAGAUUUGGAUGUUGAUUCGGCAGUAGUUGAAACUACUAUCCUGAUCACAGUUCCUGAGGUGGUUCAACCGACUAUUGUAGAGACUGGUUUUUCUGCUCGAGGACUUUCACCGUCUCCUUACCCUACAAGAGGAUUCAGGGUGAUAGUUUGUCUACUCCUGUUUAAGGAGGUUUUUUUAAGCGGGACUAAUUUUUCUGAGUGCGGCGAGCAUGAGCCUCUUACUCCUUUGUUUCAUCUUUCUGUUAUUCUGUCAUCCUGGGUACCUAGCACCCCAGAGGAGUUUCUUGUUGUUGUGGCUACUGAGGAUAUGGACUUUGUUUACAGCUGA